UGGAUGUUGACUGACCCGACGUCACUUCGCCUUCAGGUCGCAACUUUUAGCUCCCAACAAUCCUUUCUUUUCUCCCAGCAUUCGACGCAAGAGCUCGUGGGAUAUUCACUACAUAUCUCAUCUCGGCGUCCACCCCCUCCCCCUUGUCUGCCCUCCCCUACUCCGAUUGAGCCCCUACCUACUUCUCCCCGCUAGUCGGGGAUAUAAUUCUCCUCUUUUCCACCACUAAUUCGCAUGCCUACCAUUCCUGCUCCAGUCACCCCAACUGAACGCGAAGAAUGGCCCGAUGCUGACUUCGAUCUCCGGGAGGGAGACCAUCUGCCAAAUCUACAUGUAGACUCUGACAAGGAAGACGAUGACUGGGACUGGGACGAGGAGAUGGAUCUGGGAAAGACUGGCGUGAAGGCCCAGGUAACCGCUGAUAGCUCACUGUCCCGAACGGCUGGGCUCCCCUCAGGCAUGAUCACUAUCCGCCCACCACUGACCAGCCAAGGAGAGGAUGCGGAUGAGGACGAGGAUGAAGAAGGUUUCUCGACAAUAAAGAUGACCGCCCUCCCUCAACACAAACCCUUGUCUAAUACUGCGCCGUCAGCAUUUAUAGAUGAGGACAUCGAAUCCGCCUUCGCGCUUCCCUCAGAUCUCACUCAGCUCUCACUUGCCCCCCUUCCUCUCAGCCAUAGGUCCUCAAAGAACUCUCUGGAGUGGGGAGACAAAGACCAAACGUCAUCUUCCCACUCUUCCGACGCGUACUCCACUUUUGGAUUCGGUGCUGCUGCUUCAUCCUCAUCUAAUUCAGUCACCACAGUUUCUCUACUAGACUCCGAAGAUAGUGGAUGCGAGGAUGUCUCGGAGGGCGAAUUGGAUGGACUCAUCAUUCCUUCGGGAAUGUUUGAUAAAGGCCAGAGUGGCAAGUAUCUCAAGAAGAUGUUGGAGCUCAAGAAGACAGCGCAAUCAUCAGAACGGCUAGAGAAAGCCGCCAGCCCCCAUCCAGAUGAUGACUUUGAGUCUGGUCUUGUCAUCGAAGAUGAUGAUUUCAACCCAAGUCGGCUACUCAUCGCUCAGCACAGCAGCAAGUUGUCUAGUCGCAGGAAAAGUGCCCCCUCUAGGCCAAAUCUCGCGCGUCCUCAUUCAAGAGCCCGCAUGGAUCGUGCAAAGUCCCCAGUCAACCCCCCAAUAUCCUCUGCGCGUCAACUACAAAGGCUCAAGCUAUCGUCAUCCCCUCCACCCCAGACCGUGGCACCACGUGCUCAGUCAUAUAAGGAAGCACUCUCUUCCGCCCUACCCGUAUCCAAUGCCGCCACCCUUUUGUCUACCAAGCCUGGCAGUCUUCGUGGCCAGAAGUCACAUACUGGCCUCAAACCCCCCACACCACCCUCCACCCAACGCAAGCAGUUGACUCGCAAGGCUUCUUUGUCCUCACUAAUGGAGACAUCAUCCCAAGCGUUAGACACGGGACAAGCUCCGGUAGCAGGACCGUCGACGACAAAGACGGCACGAUAUGAAGCGCCGACAGCUGCUUCGCGUGCUAAGUCUCAUACCAGCUCGACCAGCCGUAUGCAUCAACUUGACUACAUGGUACCUCCCACAAGACCCACAACCCCUUCCUCCAAUCCUGCCGCCCUUCGCCUCACAAUGCCCACUGCCAUGCGAUCAAAAUCGAGACCAUCCUUGACCGCCAUCUUCGCUGCCUCCCCCGCCAUAGCCGUUCCUCCCCUCCCACCUCACCGUUCCACUUCUCCUGCCCCACCACGGCCGCCUUCUACACAAUCUCUACGCACGCGAGGAUCUCAACCGCGUCCUCAAUCAACUGCACCUUCCGCCACAGCCCCAAAGUUGCUACGAAAACCGAAGCGAUUACGAACAUAUGGCGAUGGCACGGAACUGGAUGGCUUCGAUGAUUUGCCGACCGACCGGGACAAGGAGGGCCAGUAUAGAGUGCAGCCAAAGGGUGCUAAUCGCAUCACCGGUUCAGGUCAUUCAAAGGCUUCAGAGAAGGAUCCUCUACAAGAGCGAAAAACGGGAAGGAGGGGAUCUAUUGGCUCAGGUAAGUAUCUGCACGGCGCAGCCAACCCCAACUCACUCCGCCGGACUGUGCGGAUAGAAUUCCCUUCAGGGGAAAAAUCCUUGAAGAAGAAAAAGGAGGCUCCUUCUCCCCAAGCGCGGAAAAAGCCGACCCUCAUCCGGCAAAUGGGAGGUACUAACGCUCCGAAAGUUGUCGGAGAAAUGAAGUGGAACCCAUCCACUCUCAGGUGGGAAGGUAAUGACCAGGCGCUCCGUGACUUCGAUGCUGCCGUCGGCACUUCAGCCAGACCUGCCCUUAUCACCCACCUGACUGGAUCGUCCAUUGGUUCACCAGUGGGAUCCUUUGCGGCUGGCGCCCGCAAAGUCGGAAAUAUGAUUUUCGAUCCAACGCGAAUGUGCUGGAUAUCAACUCUCCCCGCUGACGAGGAGCCUGACGUAUUCGCUGACCUCGCCGACGAUGAAGAUGAUUAUGUUUGGGAAACCAAAGGCGGCACGAUUCGUGCAAGCCAGCAGACCGGAGGAACCACAAACCCAUGUGAACCCUCCUUGACGUCUGUCGCUACCGCCCUUAAUGCUCUCAGUCCUGCCUCCAGCCGAACACGGACCAUCUCCGAAUCAGGUGACAGCGACCGAGGUUCGCGAGCAUCUAUUUUCUUUGACGUGGACGAUGACUUCGUCGAGAGAUGCCGCGCCGCUGAGGAGCGACAUCGUUCCGAAAUGAAGGGAUGGCGGUCAGCACUCUCCAGGCAAGUCGACACCGUUGGCGAGCCUGAUCGACAAGAACUUUAUGAGAUCCGUGCCCUGGCUACACGAAAAUACUAGCCCUCUCUAACAUGUUUAUAAUAUUAAUCUAUGUUGCCCACAUGUGCCUUUUCGUCACUUUCCUUCGGACCUCUGCGCAUAUACUCUCCUUCGUAGUUCUCAUCUACACAUAGUCACUCCUUUAAACUUUCUAGUUCUUUAAUUGACCUUUUGUUUUCCUUUUGCUCGAUGUGUAUGGGAUUUGCAACAUGCGUCUUGGCUUCAU